AUGGAUAAAUUAUCAAAUGAAAAUCGGAUAUUAAAAGAAAGAUUUGAUAAACUUGAAGAACGAUGCCAACGAUGGAUUACAGAUGAACAAGUUUAUCUAUUAAGACGUAUUGAACAGUUAGAAGAUGAAAAUCAUCGAUUGCAUGAAAAUUAUCAAGCCUAUCAAAAGCAAAGUGAAAAAUGUAUUGGAUCUGUUACUGAUCUAAUUAUAAAAGCACUGUUCACUCAAGAGGAAUUAAGAAAACAAUGUGUAAAUCUUCAUAAUGUGAUCGAUACAGUUAAACUGAGAAGAAAUGUUCAACAAAAAGAAUCAAUAAUUCAAAGUAAACGUAGUAUUUCAUGUCAAUUUACAUCGAAUCCAUCGAAUCAUGAUCAUCGACAUACUACAAAUGAUCAAUCGACAUGGUUUCAUCAACAAUUAAUGAUUGUCGAAGAGAAUGAUCAUAAGCCAACGAAUCAACCAUCACGUAUGUAUACAAAUAAUAGUAGUAGCAGCAGAAGUAUGAUGUAA